AUGAAUCAGAAUUCCAACUUGAUCGUGAACGAGGCAUUAUGGGAGGCGUACUUGAAGCGAGCGGCGCAGCUUUCUGAUAAGUGCCAUUUUCGAUCGCUGCUGAGAGUGUUCCAAGCUGCAGCAUCUGUACGAAUAUAUAAUCGUCGGGUUGUACCGUACUACCGUACAUUAUUGUCGGCAUGUGCGGUGAAGUUCGGCGAGAUGAAACCGGAGAAUUUCUGUCAUCUGAUGCAGGCACUUUCUCGAUUGCAGUACAGGGAUGAGAGGUUAGUAAUGAUGUUACAAAAAACGGCAUUGACUUGGCCGACGGUGACGCACAAGAUCCUCGUGAAAGCUGCUAACUCGGCGGCUAAGCUCGACCUUGCUUCUCAGCUUUGGUGUAAACCUCUGGCGAUCGCUUUGUCGCAAGCAGUGUGUGAAAAUACUCUCAUUGUGAAGGAGUUUAUGAAUAUCAAGUGGAUAACAGUUGUGGAGAUGUUUGAUGAUGCUACUAUGAUUAACUACUUGUAUCGGGCGGAGGCAGUGAAGAGGGAACAGCUUAGUGAUAUGAGGUACAGUAGGCAUUUACAGGUGGUGGAGAUGUAUGUACGACUGUGUAAGGAGGAAAGUGUUUGGGAACAAUUGGAUGAUAAUGUGAAGGAGUUCCUCCGCGAUUUGCGAAGUGACGAGGAGAGUGCCGAGGAUGAGCGCGAGCGGUUAAAGGGGGAGAAGAAGAAGUCGAAGGAAAGGCAGCGGAAAGAGCUGCACAAGUACAAGAAAAGAUUGAAAAAAUACGGUGAAAAAGCGCGACCGUUAGCGGUUAAGAAAAUUAAGACUCAGCGAAAAGCAUUGAGCUGCGAGCUCCAUGGGGAAGUAGCCGAGCUGCUCGUCGGAGUAGGUUUGGAAUUGAUGAUAGGAGUGAAAGCGGGCCCUUUCAAUUUGGAUAUGUUCCACGCUGCAACGAAUACAGUCAUUGAAGUAUGCCCGGAGUGGCAGUUUUAUGUAAGCGAUAUCGAGUGGUCGACUAGAUGUGCUGGUGAUGGUAUUGAUAUUGUGAACAAAUUCUGUUAA